AUGAUACACGAGCUGGUGCUUACGUUGGAGCAAUUUUCUAGAGGCCUCAAGGCCGAAGGGGGAACUUCCGGCAAAGUCCGGGAUGUUGCUAGAGAGCGGUAUUGGGAGGCUGAUUCGCCUCUAACAAGCUCAGAAAACCCACUGAAAGAAGAUGUACCGAUAUCUCACUGGACAGCACUACAAGUCGAAAGCUGGGCUCUUUACCUAGAGUCUCAACUUCUGUUCGCCAGUGUCGGUGUAAGCAUCAGCCUUUCUCAUAAUCUAUUUCUCACCGAAGAGGCCGAAGAUAAGAUAGCGAUGCAAUUUUGGAUCGAUACCAUCAACCAACUCCAUCGCCAUCCCAAUCAUAGCCCAGGCCCUGCUUCAGACAUCAUCGAUACCUAUUUCGGCGACGAACAGGACUCUACAUCUGAGGUCAGCGAUUCGGACACUAUGAUCUCAAUGAAUUCAAAUCACGGCGAAUGCAUAUGGUUUGUAGAUUAUACACUAAGGGCAGAUGUCCAAAUCCCCAUAACGCGUUUUACAUCACGCAUGUGUCUCGAGCUGCAGCGAAUGGGGGAACUACCGCAUGGCAGUAUCAAAGCUUUUCCGCUGACUCUAAUACUACGCAUGGACGUCCUGGGAACGACGCGAAUGAUCGCGUUCGCACAAUCGGUGCCGGUUGACGAGAUAGAAAUAUUCCUCCUCAUUCAGAUCCGUCAAGAGCGCGAUUAUCCAUACCCAGAACACUCGCUGAACUGUGCCCAAGUAUUUCUCUGUUUGGAAAAUUACGGCACCGCUAAAUCAAAUAUGCACCGCAUCGAGGAUGCGCAUGCUCUUCCCAAGAGCGCCGUUGAGUGGAAUGAGACGAUGCACCACGGGCAAGUCCCCGGCCGCAUGACAGAGGUGGAUGGGAUGGUAUUCUACUAUCAGAGAUCUGAAUAG